UUACCACAAAAAGUGACUAAACACCAACCCGCCAUGGACAGCGUCCUGCGUCAAUCCAAGGCCAUGUGCCCGUUCCUCAAGUCGGCAUCGCCCGCGACUCUGCGCGCCAUGUCGACCGCCGCCCGCCCGGCCAAGGCCUCGCUGCCCGCGGCUGCUGGUGGUGCUGCGUCGUCUCCCUGCGGCGGCACCAUGUCCAAGCUGCAGCUGUACGCCCACCGCUGCCCCGUCAUGGGCAAGGCCAUGGCCGUGCAGUCGUCCAAGUACGGCGCCGCCGCCGGCAUCCGCGCCUUUUCCGCCCACUCCAAGACGGGCAAGGCGAGGCUGCACACCAGCCGCAACCAGGAGGCUCGUGCUGUCGAGAGCCCGCUUCUCGAGGGCCGCAAGGCUGCCCCCCCUCCUCCUCCCGGCGUCACGGCUGCUGCCCGCAAGGAUGCGCCGCCAGUCGCCGCCGUCCCGUCCGCCUUCGCCUCGUCCGGAAAGUUCUCCUACGAGGACUUUUAUGAGUCGCAGCUGGAGAAGAAGCGCCAGGACAAGUCCUAUCGCUACUUCAACAACAUCAAUCGCCUGGCCAAGGAGUUCCCCGUCGCCCACAUGGCCAAAAACGAGGACAAGGUGACGGUCUGGUGCGCCAACGACUAUCUGGGCAUGGGCGGCAACCAGCACGUGCUCAACACCAUGCAUGAGGUCCUGGAGAAGUACGGCGCCGGCGCCGGCGGCACCAGAAACAUCUCCGGGCACAACAAGCACGCCGUCGAGCUCGAGGCCACUCUGGCCAAGCUGCACGCCACCGAGUCGGCCCUCGUCUUCAGCUCCUGCUAUGUGGCCAACGAUGCUACCCUGGCCACGCUGGGUAGCAAGCUCCCCGACUGCGUCAUCCUGUCCGACAGCCUCAACCACGCCUCCAUGAUCCAGGGCAUCCGCCACUCCGGAACCAAGAAGAUUGUCUUCAAGCACAACGACGUCGCCGACCUCGAGGCCAAGCUGGCCUCGCUUCCUCUGCACGUACCCAAGAUCAUCGCCUUCGAGUCUGUCUACAGCAUGUGCGGCUCCAUCGGCCCCAUUGAGGAGAUUUGCAACCUGGCGGAGAAGUACGGCGCCCUGACCUUUUUGGACGAGGUGCACGCCGUGGGCAUGUAUGGCCCAACCGGCGCUGGCGUUGCCGAGCAUCUGGACUGGGAGGCCCAUGCCAAUGGCAAGCCUCGCGGAACCAUCAUGGACCGCAUCGACAUCUUUACCGGCACCCUGGCCAAGGCCUACGGCUGCGUUGGCGGCUACAUUGCCGGCAGCGCCAAGUUUGUCGACAUGAUUCGAUCGCUCGCCCCUGGUUUCAUCUUCACCUCGACUCUGCCGCCGGCAACCAUGGCCGGUGCCAAGGCGUCCAUCGAGUAUCAGAUGGCGUACGAUGGCGACCGUCGCCUGCAGCAGCUCUACACCCGCGCCGUCAAGGAGGAGCUCAACGCUCGUGACAUUCCCGUCAUCCCGAACCCUUCUCACAUUGUCCCCAUCCUGGUCGGCAACGCUGCCUUGGCCAAGGAGGCGUCUGACCUGCUCCUCCACGACUACAAGAUCUAUGUCCAGGCUAUCAACUACCCCACUGUCCCCAUUGGCCAGGAGCGUCUCCGCGUCACUCCUACCCCCGGCCACACCAAGGAGCUUCGCGAGAAGCUCGUGACUGCGCUUGAUGAGAUCUGGACCCGUCUCGAUAUCAAGCGCACCUCGCAGUGGGCUGCCGAGGGAGGCUUCAUUGGUGUUGGCGUGGAGGGCAACGUCCCAGAACCCUUGUGGACCGACAAGUUGCUCGGUAUCGAGAAGGCUGCCCAGGAGGUCAAGGCCGCCGGUGUUCCUGAGAACGGCAUCACCGAGGCCUUGCUUGCCCGCGAGGGACUCAACAACAGCCGCGUGAUGGACGUCUCGGCUUAGAACCCCGAGAAGUUACUUUCUCUCCAGAACCCUUUUGAC